GUGGCGUUUUACGACGCGCACAAGGUGGCGGCGCUGAGCGGCGUGCUGUCGUCGGAGCUGGGGUUCAUGGACAAGGCCGUCACCGACAACGUCACGCGCGACCGCGGCCUCCGCUCCAUCUGCGAGGUGGUGUCGACACUGGCGAUCCUGUUCGUCAUCGCUCCAGACCUAGCGCCCGUGUUCUCGCUGCUGGCGGUGGGCAUCUCGCUCAUCGCGGGCAUCUACAAGCGCGGCACGCUGCCCGUGUUCGCGCGCAGCACCGCCACCCAGGCGCGCAUCACCGACUCCGCCACCGAGACCUUCCAAGCCAUCCGCACCGUGCGGUCGUUUGGAGGCGAGGCGCGGCAGCUGGGGCGGUUUGCAGGCCACGUGGCAGAUGCGCGGGAGACGGGCACGCGGCUGAGUGUGCUCAAGUCGACCAACGAGGCGCUGACACGUGGCUGUAUAUACAUCUCCCUCAUGUGUGUCUACAUCCUGGGCGGCCACAAAGUCCAAAUGGGCGUGAUGCCAGCGGGCACGGUGCUGGCGUUCGUGGGCUACACCUUCCUCCUCACCUUCGCUAUCCAGGGGCUGGUGAACACGAUGGCGGACGUGCAGAACGCCCUAUCUGCAGUGGCGCGCAUCAACGCCCUCCUCUCCGCCUCGCCCCCGGAACCCAACCUCUCCAUCCCCGAACCGCUCCCGGACCUCUCCGUGCCGCUCCCUGCCUCCACCCCUUGCCCCGAGCCGGCGGCCGUGGGGGUGGUGGGAGAAGCGGAGGAAAAGGAGGGGUUGAUGGCAGUGCAGAGAGGGAAUGGCACGGUGGUGGGCGGUGGGAGGGGGUUGUCAGCGUGUGAGCUGGCAUGGACGGGCGACAUUGAGUUCAGAGACGUGCGCUUUGCGUAUCCGCAGCGGGCGGCGGUGGAGGUGAUAAAGGGCAUCAAUCUCGUGCUGCCACGUGGCAGUGUCACAGCACUCGUGGGCGGCAGUGGCGCGGGCAAGUCCACGGUCGUGCAGCUGCUCUCCCAGUUCUAUGAGCCGGUAGCGGGCACGAUAUCACUGGCGGGCAUGGACAUCGCAUCGUUCGACCGCACACAGUGGACGCGCGCUAUUUCUCUCGUCAGCCAGGAGCCGGUGCUAUUCGCCAUGUCGGUGCGCGACAACAUAGCCUAUGGCCUCCCCGACGCUGACGUGUCAGAGGCUGACGUCAUCAGGGCUGCCAAGGCUGCGAACGCGCAUGAGUUCAUUGUGAAGCUGCCCCAGGGCUAUGACACGAUGGUGGGGGAGAGGGGCGGGCUGCUCAGUGGCGGGCAGAGGCAGCGCCUGGCAAUAGCGCGGGCCAUACUGAAGGAUGCGCCGAUUCUGAUUCUGGACGAGGCCACCAGUGCACUUGACAGCGUGUCAGAGCGACUCGUGCAGCAGGCACUGGAGGGGCUCAUGCAGGGCCGCACGACGCUGGUGAUAGCGCAUCGGUUGAGCACAGUGCAGGCAGCAGAUCAGAUCGUGGUGAUGGCGGCCGGCAGGCUGGUAGAGAGAGGGACACACGCCCAGCUGGUGGCACUGGGGGGUGCAUAUGCCACACUGGUUAAUGCGCAGCACUUGACGUUUGAAUAA